AACCAACUUAAAUGAAGUAUAAGUUUUAAAACAUUUAAAUUAAAGCAAGAAACUAAACAACAACAACAAGAUACCGAGACUCCGGGCGCCCUGUACUGAGAACUGGAGCCAUUUCAACCUGGAAGCCUUUUCCUGUUGAGGAAUAAGCAGUCCGUUAAGGAACUGCCUUGCAGAAAGGAAAUGCAAAUGGGAGUAUAGGAUGCCAAACACUUUCAAAGCUGUCCUGCCAAGAGCAGUGGGAAGUGUAUAAGUAAGAGACUGGGAGAAUGUGCUGAAAACUCCACGUCUCGAAGCAGAUUUGCAGUACCGGCUGCCUCGGGCUUCAGAUCGAGCUGCGGUGGCACCUAGAGCUGAAUUAGGAGUGCCUGCUUGUCCGCCCUGAGGCCGCACCCCAACGGGGGCAGCCUCCCCCUCAUGAGCUCCCUGAUCAUGCUGCCCUCACAGCGGUCCAGUCCAGGAGACUGUGCAGAAAACAGAGCAGAAAAUGGAGAAGAUCCCUGAACUUCGGCGGCGAGGCCUGCCGGUGGCUCGCGUGGCGGACGCCAUCCCCCACUGCUCUGCUGAUUGGGCGCUCCUGAGCCAGGACGAAAAGGAGAAGUACGCAGACAUGGCUCGAGCAUGGAGAGCCGCCCAGGGAAAGGAGUCGGGACCUUCCGAGAAGCAGAAACCUGUUUGCACCCCACUGAGGAAGCCAGGCAUGCUUGUACCAAAGCAGAAUGUUUCACCCCCGGAUAUGUCAAGCUUGUCUCUGAAAAAUGAUCAAGCUCUCCUUGGAGGCAUUUUUUAUUUUUUGAACAUUUUUAGUCACGGCGAACUGCCUCCUCACUGUGAACAGCGCUUUCUCCCUUGUGAAAUAGGCUGUGUGAAAUAUUCUCUCCAAGAUGGUAUCAUAGCGGACUUCCACAGUUUCAUCAGUCCUGGUGAAAUUCCACGAGGAUUUCGGUUUCAUUGUCAGGCUGCAAGUGAUUCGAGUCACAAGAUUCCUAUUUCAAACUUUGAAUCUGGAUGUGACCAAGCAACUGUGCUGCAAAACCUUUAUAGGUUCAUCCAUCCGAACCCAGGGAAGUGGCCACCUAUCUACUGCAAGUCUGACGAUAGAGCCAGAGUCAACUGGUGUCUGAAGCACAUGGAGAAGGGGUUGGAAAUCAGGCAAAAUAUGGAACUUCUUACUGUUGAGGAUCUUGUAGUGGGGAUCUACCAGCAAAAGUUCCUCAAGGAGCCCUCCAAGACCUGGGUUCGGAGCCUCCUCGAUGUGGCCAUGUGGGAUUAUUCUAGCAACACAAGGUGCAAGUGGCACGAGGAAAAUGACAUUCUCUUCUGCGCUUUAGCUGUUUGCAAGAAAAUCGCGUACUGCAUCAGCAAUUCUCUGGCCACGCUCUUUGGAAUCCAGCUCACAGAGGCCCACGUGCCCUUGCAGGAUUACGAGGCCAGCAACAGGGUGACACCCAAAAUGGUCAUAUUGGAUGCAGGGCGGUACCAGAAGCUAAGGUUUGAGAGCUCAGGAUUCUCUCAUUUCAACUAUUCUAAUCAGGAACCAAGAUCAAACACACCCACUGGUGACUACCCUUCUGGGGUGAAGAUUUCAGGCCCAAACAGCAAUGUUCGGGGAAGAGGGAUCACGCGCCUGCUAGAGCGCAUCUCGGGCUCCUCCAGCAGCGUCCCCAGGUUCUCCAGCUGUGACACCGCGCUCUCCCCUUCCCUGUCCCCGAAGGGUGGGUACAAGUCCUUCUCCCCCCUGUCUUAAUGAUGGUACUCUUCAAUUCUGGGAAAAUAGCAGGCCCGCUUCCCUCUGAUUGCAGUCCCGGACAGCAGAGCACACCCCUGGUACAUGCCGCCCUCUGAAACGGCCUGCCUUGUAGAGAAUCCUGUUUCGUAGAUUAAAAGUAACUGUGGUUGGAGAAGAUUUGGCAUUUUUGCUUUUUUCUCGAGGGCUUGCUCUGCUUCCUGACUGUGUAAUGGGAACGCCUUGGAAGGUUGACCUCCAAGGACAAAACUGGCCUUUUCAGAGGAGUGCUUUUGCAAAUAUUACAUUGUGCUCAUCUUCCUCCGCAAUAAAGGUAUUGAAUGUCUGUUAUGAAAGGUGUUAAAAUAGUGUUGCUGUACUUCUUCCCAUUAUGACGUGUAGAACCUUUCUCUUGAGACCUG